GCGGGGCCAGGCUCCUUGUCCGACUGUGAGUCUUGGAGCUCCUCAAAGCCUUCCUCUGAUUCUGAUGUCACUCCAGGCCCCUCCUCCUCAUCUGAUUCCUCAGACUCAGCUGCCGGGUCCACUGGCUAGCAAGGAAUCACAACAAAUUCACUCUUUCUCAAAGAGCAAACACAGACUGUUCAGAGAUGCUUCCGUAUCACUGUAAAUCUUCUGAUGACGAUACCUACUUUGCAGCACUGAUGACGUUACCUAGUUUGCUAAUGGAAUGUCUGCAAGAAAACCACCAAGCUCAGAGAGCACCAAGGACUCUCCUGUAAAGCUUUUAAAAAAUGGGUAUUAAGUCUGGGGAAGCAAUAUGGACUUCAAAAAGUAAGAAAUGGAAUACUGCAUAUUUCGUUUUCCUGCCUCAACCCUAGCAACGUUAAGGUAUGUGGAUUUCAGCUCCCAGAAUUCUGGCUGACUGGGGGAAUUCUGGGAGUUGAAGUCCACGCUUCUUAAAGUCGCUAAGUUUGAGAAACACUGCGCUAGAUUCCUCCAUAUUAUAUCGAGACCGACCUAAUUUUAAUUUAUACAUUUAUAAAUUAAAUUUAGACAUUUAUAAAUACUUCUAUAAUGAAGGAUUUUUUUCUAUAAUGAAGGACUAAUAAAGAGCUUAUUUUAACCUAUGGCAUUUGAAACGCAGCUUAUAGAAUUCCACCACUGUAAAUAGUCAGACUAAGAUAAUAAUUUUGUUGGAUCUUUUGUGUGUGCGUGGCAUGUGUAUAAUGACAGACGGUGCCACAGAUGAGAGUAUUCCACUAGAUAACGUGUCAAGUCAUUGCCACACAGAUAAGCUAACUUCCUACUUAGCUUUUUCUAGAUCAUCCCAAACUGGCUCAAUGUGUAUUUGUUACAACUUUCAUCAUUCAAAAAAAAAAAAAUUAAAAUUAAAAAAAAUCCUUUGUAUAUGGCAGUGGCGGCAAGACCUUUAAAUGCAAAAAGUAGAAAGAUACACAAUUCCCACAACUCAAAUCAAAUCAACCUUUAUUGUCAAAGUGCAACAUGUGUACAAUGAGAUUGGCUGAGCCUCCUUUGUGCACCCCCCCCGACACAACUCACAGUGACAACAAACCCACCAUCUUACUACACCAUGUGAACUUAUUGCACAAUGUGCCGGCCCCGCAAGUCUAUCAUACAUGGAGUUAUUUCCCAUUCAGGAGUCUGACAGCUCAUGGGUAGAAACUGUUCUUCAGCUUGUUGCUGUGGCUGGCUAUGCUUCUAUAUCUCCUACCCAAUGGUAGGAGAGUAAAGAAGUGCUGACCAGGGUGUAGUUGUCUCUGAGGAUUUUCCUCACUCUUCUAAGUGGAAUUUGAAAUCAAUGGCAAAAGUGACUACUUUGGUAAAAGAGAAAAGUAAUUCAGCUUUGUUUUACAGUGGUACCUUGGUACUUAUCCAUAAUUAGUUCUGGGAGGUGCAGUGAGUGCCAAAAAUGAUGAAUACCAAAUAAAUUUUUCCCAUAAGGAAUGUAGUGAGUCACAAGGCAGCUGACACCAAUGAAGUCCUAACUUGUGCAUUGAGUACCAAACAAACGAGUACCAGGACAAAAUUUUCACAUCAAAAUGUAUCAAGUACCAAAUCUAUUGAGUUUCAAAGCAGUUGAGUACCAAGGUACUCCUCUACGUGGAAACCAUUUUGGGGCUUCUUGCUUGAGAAAAAUAAACAUGAAAAUUUGAUUUUAGGAUUCAGUGAUAAGAUUUGUUAUGAUUCCAGAAAUAUUGUGUAUUGUUAUUCUUACUAGACAUGUAUACACAUAUACAUGCAUUUGUAUAUUUUUUUUCCUUUCUGUUUAAACCGAAGAGUAAAGGGUGUUUAUGAUAUAUAAUUCCAAAGCUAUUUGAUUAAUUUGUACACUUUCAUACAAUGUUUUUGUUUUAACUUAAGAGUAAGAAGUUACUUUAUAUUUGUGUCUGUACUGAAGAAACUCUGUUUUUUCUUGUCAUUUUUUAACCUUUCUCCCCUUUUGAUCUCCUCUCCCCUAAUUUUUCCUUUUCUGUUGUUUUGUAAUUUAUCUUUUUUGGGGGGGAAAUUUAAUAAAAGUUCAUUUAAAAAAAAUAAUUCUUUGAAGGCGAAAAAAUAGCCGAGAGAAGGUUUCCACCCUCAGCCUCCUCUUCAUACCUAAGUUACAAACUUCUUUGCAUGAACUGAUGGUGUGAAUUGUUCCUGGUGAAACAUGGACCUUAAUUCAACAGGUCCCAAUUUCUCUCUUGGGUUCUCAGAAAUUUUUUUUUUUCAGAUCUUGGAGGAUUUCAGGGGAAAAGGUGCAAACACAGUACAGAUCAGGGAACUUCAAACUUGGCCCUUUUAUGACUUGUGGACUUCAACUCCCAGAAUUCCUUAGCCAGGCACGCAUGCCUGGCUGAGGAAUUCUGGGAGUUGAAGUCCACAAGUCAUAAAAGGGCCGAGUUUGAAGACCCCUGGUAUAGAUCAACAGAGAUUUGCAUGGGAACAGCCUCUUUCUGACUUAAAAACCACACUCACGCAUGUUGGCUAGAUGAGGAAUGGCGAACUUCCCACAUGGCCAGUGGUGAGGGCAUGGCAGAGGUUCAAAAUUUGAAACUUGAGGCCAAAGAAAGAAACAUAUUCCAGCCCUACUGAACGAGCCAUUGCCUAGAAUUUCCUUUUAACUGUUUCAAACCGGUCUCUGGAACUCCAACCAGCAUUACAAGAUCGUUCUAUAUAUUACAGGGUUGGUAAAUCCCUCUAAGCAGAUUAAAUCAGCCUGAAAUUCUUCCACCUGCACUUUAAAUAGCCCACCGAUUAGCUUGUUGCAUUCCUAACACUUCACGAUAUCGCUGUGGGCGAGAAAAGCUACCUGCAAAGAUGUGUGACCAAACCUUUGCGAUCAAUAUUUUUGGGGCAUGCGACAUUUGCAAGAAAGAGAAGGUUCUCCAGCAAAUAUACUACAAAUCGGAGAAACGCAGCAGCUGUUCGUUAUGCAUAAAACUGAUGGCAACCGAGGGGCUGCAGGAGAAGGAGAGCCUGGCCGUGCUCAAGAGCGAAGCGGAGAAUCUCAAGGGCAAGCUGGAGGAGGAGCGGGCCAAGCUGCACGACGUGGAGCUGCACCAGGUGGCGGAGCGCGUGGAGGCUUUGGGACAGUUUGUGAUGAAAACACGGAGGACCCUGAAAGGCCAUGGGAACAAAGUCCUCUGUAUGGAUUGGUGCAAGGACAAAAGAAGAAUUGUUAGCUCUUCCCAGGAUGGGAAGGUGAUUGUUUGGGAUGCCUUCACCACCAAUAAGGAGCACGCGGUGACAAUGCCCUGUACAUGGGUGAUGGCGUGUGCAUAUGCUCCAUCUGGAUGCGCCAUUGCAUGUGGUGGUCUGGAUAACAAAUGCUCUGUAUAUCCCCUGACCUUUGAAAAAAACGAGAACAUGGCCGCUAAGAAGAAAUCUGUCGCUAUGCAUACUAACUACUUGUCAGCUUGCAGCUUCACUAAUUCUGAUAUGCAGAUCUUGACUGCAAGCGGUGAUGGCACCUGUGCCCUCUGGGACGUUGAAAGUGGGCAGCUUCUACAGAGUUUCCACGGACAUGGGGCAGAUGUCUUGUGCCUGGAUCUUGCUCCUUCAGAAACAGGGAACACGUUUGUGUCGGGGGGAUGUGAUAAAAAAGCAAUGAUCUGGGACAUGCGGACCGGGCAGUGCAUUCAGUCCUUUGAAACCCAUGAGUCGGAUAUUAAUGGUGUCAGAUACUACCCAAGUGGAGACGCUUUUGCCUCUGGCUCAGAUGAUGCCACGUGCCGUUUAUAUGACCUCCGAGCGGACAGAGAGGUGGCUAUUUAUUCCAAAGAAAGCAUCAUCUUUGGGGCGUCCAAUGUGGAUUUUUCUCUUAGCGGACGCUUAUUAUUUGCGGGCUACAACGACUACACCAUAAAUGUUUGGGAUGUUCUGAAAGGAUCGCGCGUCGCCAUUUUGUUCGGUCACGAGAACCGCGUUAGCACUUUGAGGGUUUCGCCCGACGGGACUGCGUUUUGUUCUGGAUCGUGGGAUCACACUCUGAGGAUCUGGGCUUAAAUAGCAGGGCGGUUUCCCAACAUGUAUUCAUAUAGGCAUCAUAGGAUCACCCCACGGAACAUCAAUUUAAUGGGGGGGGGAGAGGGUGAAAUCUACCGCAAAGACUCUAUCACAACCUUAAAGGGAUGGUGAAAAGUUGGAAGAAGACACCUUGUUAGGCUUAAUUGCACAGCUGCCCAACUGAAAGUUACUUCUAGAUCAGUGUUUCUCAACCUUGACAAUUUUAAGGCAUGUGGACUUCAACUCCCAGAAUUCCACAGCCAGCAUUGCUGGCUGUGGA